AUGGGCGUACGAUCUCUUUCUAUCGUGGCGCUGGUGGGGUUGCUAGCAGCGCUUGUUUACGAUCGAUACCCCUCUCUAGCGCUCGUCUACGUCAAUCAUCCCUCGCGGCUCGUCAAGAUCAAUACGUUUCAGAGCUAUGAAAUCAAGUUUGCCGAUAAGAUUCGCAGCUGUGAAGAUGUCCUGAUGAUCAAAGAGCAGGGCCUGGCGGUCUUGGCUUGCGAUCCUGGCCGUGAGCGAUGGAACACUGUCAUGGGCGUGUUUCUAGAUGGCCCUGUUGCCAAUGCGGACCUCUACAUCUACGACUACAAGAAGACCAAUGCCCCUGAUUCCGAGUCCCUCAAGCAGCUUACACUGGCCAAUUUUGCUGGCAAGACUGACUUCCAUACCCUGGGCCUGGCGUUUGACGACGCAUCAUCGACCUUGCUGGCUGUGAAUCACGCCAAGAAUGGGUCUCGGAUCGAAAAGUUCCAUCUCGAUGUCGACAAACUCACAGCCACUCAUCUGGCCACCAUCCAGCAUCCCCUCAUCCGCAGCCCCAACGCCAUGAUUAUGGUCGAUCAGGAUACCUUUUACCUGACCAAUGACCACAAAUUCUUGGCCCGUGACUCUAUUCCCCUGGCUCGUCUUGAAACCUUUACUGCUGCUCCGCUUGGAAACGUUGUUCUUGUCAAGACGCAUGGCGGCGAGGUGCAAGCAACAAAGCUCGCGAGUGUGCCUUUUGCCAAUGGCAUUGAGCUGAUUGGGGAUUCUACGCUGGUGGUUGCAUCUACCACAGACCCUGGGCUCUUCUUCUACCGUAUAAAUCCCGACGGAAGUCUGACAUUCACAUCCAAAACACGAGUCCCCUUCUUGCCUGACAACCUGUCUGUCGACGGCAAGACACUCAUGGUGGCUGGCCAUCCCUAUUUCCCCACAUUAGCGAGAUUUACAAAGUCGCGACACAUCUGCAACGAUGAAGCCGAGUUCUCCAAGGCCGACGCCGCCAUGAAGGAGUACUGCCAGGACAAGAGCGCCCAAGCUGGGUCCUGGGUCGCCGAGUGGGAUGCCGAGCAUGGCCUGCGAACACUCUACACAGAUACAGAGUACCCCAGCAGUGCCAUGGCCACGCACGAUUCGAAACGCAAGACCGGCAUCAUCGGCGGUCUUUAUGCUAAAGGCAUUCUGGUCUGGCGAGACUAA